AUGAAUAUACCAUUUCCAACUUUAAUGCCUCGUUUGGUGGACACUAAAUGGUUUAAAGCUGAUAGCCCUUGUGAUGAAGAAGCCGAACUCACCAGCCUAGAACAAGAACAUCAAUACAGCUUAACUUCUGUUAUACAAAAGUUUACUAAAAGGUCACCCAUUGGCAAAACUGAGCCAGAGACAAUGGAAGAGGAGGCUGAAUCGGAUGAAGGCAAUGAAGAAUCAGAAGAUACAGAGGAAUCUCAUGAUGAAGAUGAAGAAUUAAGAGCUCCAUAUUCACCAUCCCAUAAUAAUAAUGAGAUAGGUGACUCUGUUGAUGACCUCCAGCUUCCAGAGGAAUAA